AUCUUUUUUUUAAAUGUAAAACUGAAAAAAUAACAGCAAAGACAAUGCUGCCGCUACAUCUCAACUUCCUUCAUGCUUUUCUUUAUUUUUUUAUUAUUAACAUGUUUAGUAUGGUGAUGCUAAGUUGAAUAUUGUAUGUAGCAAAAUUUACAUGUUUCAGAAAUUAUAUUAGACCAUACACUGAAAAAACAUUUUUUAAUUUAGUCUUAUUUGUUUUUGACAUUCCCGAGCUCUGAAUGGAAAACCUAUAAUGCAAUUAUUUCUCUUACAGAGGUACAAUUUACAUAAGUACAACAUAAUAUUUUGUUAAAUUUUUUAAAUAACAUUAACUGAUUAGUUAUAUUACCUCUUCAAAUCUUAGAAAGAUAUAUUACAGUCAAUGUGUUCCAGUAAUUUAUACACAAUUCUUUUUACCCUCAAUAUUUAUGUACUGCAUAAGUUGGGGUUAAGCCUUAGGUAAUUUUAUUAAUAACGCAAACGAUUGGUACCCUUGCGUGUGAACGGACGUACGACUUGUCGUAGAAACAUUGCACUUGACAUCUCAUGGUUCUGAACCAGGCUAAUUUUUUUAAGAAUGUUUUGCUUUAGUAUUCCGAAGCCGUUUUUACGUGUCUAAUGGGAUGCAUCAGCAGUACAAAAAAAUUAGGCGAUUUAAAAAGCGAAAACUUUUUUCGUGCUGUGAGACUUCACUCGGAAGUGGCAGAUCAAGGACGCUCAGGAUAUCUGGAAUUAACACCAAGGGAACUUAUUUUUCGUACCGGGUCUAAUCAACGUGUUGUAUGGGCUUUGCAACAUCUACGCAGAUAUGGGCUUAAUGGCGAUGUAUUUUCUUUUGAAGCUGGGCGUCGCUGUAUGACAGGCCCUGGCAUUUAUACUUUUCGUUGUCAACGGGCGGAACAAUUGUAUCAUAUAUUUCAAACUUAUAUAAAUGCAGUUUCCCUUGUGACAGAUGAUGCAUUUACAUUUAGCGAACGGGAGCGUGAUCAUCCAUCACAUACAGUGGGUCGACCAGAAAAUGUUCAAAAUGCAAAUAACUAUUUGGAACCUGCACCAUUAGUAAGUACAGGAGCUGCAGUCUCGGUUCUACAGCGUUCGCGAGUGCUUCGGGAUUCAUUCAGCAGUAGUCCUCUAAGUUUGGACUCACCAGAUUCAGUUCCAAGUUUAUCAUUUGCCACAAGCGAAGUAGUUCAUAUUCAAAGUCCACGUUUUCCUUCUGGUCUCGGUAUGUAUGUGAAUACCCCGAAUACAUCUAUGUCCAUCGCCAAUAGCAAUGUGUACUCGGAAUAUCCUUUGCCGUCGCACGUAGAGCACAACAAUAAUUUAUCAAACGCGUCCAAUGGUGUAUUUAAUACUUUAGUUCGAAAAAAUUUGGUGAAGCACUCUUCUCUAGAUAUUCCACCAGAUGAAUUUGCGCCUAUGCUGACACCACCAUCGGAUGCAUUACACAUGUAUGCCAAUGUUGAUAGCUGUUCACUUGCGGCCAAUAAUUUUGGUUUUGGUGGCAAAGCAGUAAUGCGUAAUAUGAUACGCGAUCAAGAGCGCUGUUAUGAAAAUCUAAACCGUGAAGAGAUGAAGUUGAUCCUACCAAAGCAAAAUUUGCCGUCUUCAACGCCCGGAAGGAGUCAUAGUGGAAUAGAUAUUCCCUGUGAUCCACAAUUAAGGCAAACGAAAUCAGCAGGAACAAAAGCAGUCAAUUAUAUUGUUCUUGAUUUAGACCAACCUCGAAGUCCGACACAAUGUUCACCCAAACUACAAGUUGGAAGUGGUCUUUCUUUAACUGCCGUUGAUGGCGCUGAUGGAAGUAUGAAAUCUGGUUCAAAAACAGAAUCACUUACUGAUUCAACACAUACUAGUCUAACUUCAACGACUAAUCCAAUGGCUGUUACGACAGCAACGAUUACAAAUGUGACAAAUACAACGAAACAAAAUAGUGGUAGUGUUGAGCAAUUGGAAAAGAAAGAAGAAUCUACACUUGGUUACUCGACUAUAGAUUUUAUAAAGACUUGUGCACUUAUUAAAUCAUCGACUCACGGUGCAGAUUUUGAUGCGGAACCAGGCAAUGAAGAAAGCAGAAUCACCCGACAUAGUAAAUGUGUGCGAAAAGCUUACUCUAUUAGUGAAUAGGAAAAAUUGGUACUUUCUCAGCGCUUUAAUAUUGCGAGAACACGUUUCCUGAUUUAAAAAGUACAGUGUACCAGCAUUUAGUACAACAAUAUAGUUAUAAGAGACCUAAUAUUGAUUUGGACUUCGUUUAGAGAUUAUUAAUAUACAUGUGUAUGCCGGCACCGAGUGUCAUGUUUAUAACAUAAAGAGCAGAUAUAAAGGUGUACUGGACGCAUAUUUUUUUAUUAAUGUACAUACAUAUAUACCAUAAAAUGUUUAAAUGGAUAUCUUGAUUUAUUAAAUUUUUCAACACACAAUAUUAUGGUAUUGAUGCAAUUGAUUUUUUAUAUUAUGUAUCUAUUUAUAGUGUUUAAAAACUUUAUUAUGUACUUAAGCCCAAUUUUGUUAUAUUUUUCAUAAACUUUUGAAAAAUUUGUACUUAAAUUGUUUAUUUCCGUAUUGUUUUCAUUUAUUACAAAUAGUGCAGCUAUAUACAUGUGUAUAUUUAAAAGCUGUGUUUUAUUAGUUGUAGUAGCAAAAAUGCCAAAGUACUCAUAAAAUACAUUAAAAUUUAUCAUAAAUUUGUUAUGGAUGUAUUUAUACUGCGGAGAGAAAUACAUUUGUAAAAACAGUGAAUGUAUAUGGAUAUCAUUGAAUGUAUUUAAGAAAAAAUCUAUAAUAAAUUGUAAUUUAAAAUAAA